AUGGUGGCGAAGGGAUUGAAAAAGAAAGGCGCAGGGACGGCCAAGAAGGUGACUCUGAAGUUCACCAUUGACUGCCAGCAGCCAGCGGAAGACACUAUCAUUGAGCCAAAGGACUUCGAGAAGUUCCUGAACAACAGGAUCAAGGUAGAAGGAAAAACUGGAAAUCUGGGUGAGAAGGUCAGCGUGCAUCGGGAGAAGUCCAAAGUCCACGUCACGGCAGAGGCGCCCUUCUCCAAGCGAUACUUGAAGUAUCUUGGAAAGAAGUACCUGAAGGCCCAGCAGUUGCGGGAUUUCCUCCGAAUCGUGGCUCCGUCCAAGACAUCCUAUGAAAUGCGUUACUUCAACAUCAACGACGAGAAGGGUGAGGAAGACUAG